UGCUGCUGCUUUGGACCUGGACGCAGAGGAAUCAACAGCGGACCAACAUGUCGCUUACCUCUAUCCUCUCAGCUGAGGCCAUUGAAAACGCUGUCAAGGACUGUCAAGCUCCAGACUCCUUCUGCUACAAAAAGUUUUUCCAGCUGUGUGGCCUGUCUUCAAAGACGCCCCAGGAAGUCAAAGAUGUCUUCCGGAUCCUUGAUGAGGACAACAGCGGCUUCAUCGAGGAGUCAGAGCUCAAGUACUUCCUGCAGAGGUUUGUUCCCGGGGCGAGGACCCUGAGCGAAGCAGAAAUUAAGAGUUUCGUCUCAGCAGCUGAUGAGGACAGUGACGGCAGAAUUGGAGCAGAUGAAUUCCAGACUAUGGUCCUGUCCUGAGUUUUAUUCAUGGGAAGAACUCAAGUACUCAGAUCGUCCGUCCUCCCAACACCUCAGGAGUCCUCUGGUCACAGCUUCUAUUCCCAGUGAUUUUCUUUUUCUGCAAAAAUCUGUCCAAUAGUUUUGAAAGUGUCCUUUAAUUC